AUGACACACACACAAACCCGCUUCGCUACGACGCCAAUAGCAAUCAUCGGCGCUGGCCCUUGCGGCUUGACCUUUGCACGCCUGCUGGAAAACGAAAACAUUGACUAUGUCGUCUUCGAACGGGACGCAAACUCAAACCCAACGCUUAUGCAUCAAGGCGGUACGCUAGAUCUUCACGCCAACUCUGGGCAACAAGCAAUCAAGAAAGCCGGGCUGUUUGAAGAGUUCAGGAAGCUAGCCCGCUGGGAUGCCACGCGGUUUGUCAUACAGAAUCCAGAAUGUACCCUCAAGGCAACAUUUGGGGAGGGGCGCGAUGCUCCAGAAAUUGACCGCUUUCAAUUGCGCCAACUCCUUCUGGAUUCUAUCCCUUCCCAUAAGGUUCAAUGGGGCCAUGGCGUGCGAAAUAUUGAGAGAAACCUGAGUUGCAAGUCCAAGGCUCCAGAGUUGACUAUCAAUUUUACGAAUGGCACCUCUGCAUCUGGAUUUCUACUUGUCGUUGGUGCUGAUGGUGCGUGGAGCAAGGUCCGACCCUUACUUACUUCUGCAAAGCCUGAAUACUCGGGUAAAAUCUUUAUCGAGGGUCGAAUUUCUCACGGCAACCCAAGCUAUGAAGCUGCCCUAGAACUUUCAGGGCCCGGUAACAUGAUGGCUUUGGGUCACGGACGGGCUCUUGGGGUCCAACAGGUAGCAGAUCGAUCAUAUCGAGUCUAUAUGGGCCUGGAGGCUCCUGAGACCUUAACGCGCACAGCCCUUAAUAUGGACGAUACUAAGGCCACCAAAGAGAAGCUUCUGUCCUCGACAGAGUUUUUCAAGGAUUUUGCUCCUGACCUACGUCGAUUCAUUGCGGAUGCUGAAGGACCGUUUCGCCCAUGGCCGCUUUACCGCAUGCCUGUCUCCUCUCUCUGUUGGGCUCGUGUUCCUGGAGUCACGCUUCUGGGCGAUGCCGCGCAUGUCUCGACGCCCUUUGUCGGCGAAGGUGUCAACAUGGCAAUGCAUGACGCCCUCAAGCUGGCGCAGAGCCUCCUAAAGCAUUGCAAGAGCUUAAAAGACGAUAACCACAAAGAUGUCGACGAAAUUGAGCAGGCUCUGGCAGAGUAUGAGGCAGAGAUGUUUGGGCGUGCUCAAGAUUUCAUCAAUCGCUGCAUGCUUAGCGAAGAAAUGUUUUUCGCUGACAAUGCGGCUCAAAAGUUCAUUGAUCUGGUCACCGAUGCUACAAACAGGCAACAGGAGCAGCUUUUCUCUGGAAGCUCUUCAUCGCCUCAGGGUCAAACGGAACAGCCAGGUACCCAGAGCGCGCAGUAUUCGAAGAUCUAG